AUGGCCAUCGUGAGGCCACUGAAGCACCGGAUGUCCCGAAGAAAAGCGCUCCUGGCCCUCCUUGCUAUCUGGAUGGCUUCCGGUCUACUCGCUCUUCCCUGCCUUCUCUAUUCCACCACGAGGACCAGGAGGUACAGCAACGGGCAGUCCAGUGUGUUCUGCAUGAUGCAAUGGCCCGAUGGUGCAUAUCCGACUUCGACUUCCGAGCAUGUGUGA